UGCCUUUGCCUCAACAUGGAUUCAUUUUCCGUUUUCAUUUUCUGCCUUCUUGUUUUGGCUUCUGUUUUCAGUAAUAACAAUGGUGUUGCUGGAGCUGAUCACCGCGGUUCAUACGCCACCCAAUGGAACGGCCUAUUUCCUCCUCUUUAUGGAAACCCUCCGCCACCUCCACAGCCACCAUCCACACCCCAACAACCGCCGAUACAUAGACCUCUUCCUUUGCCUGAAUCGCCUUCAUGCAUAUCGCCGUCUCCUCCCCAUCAAUGGCACUCGCCGCCACCGCAACAUCAGUCUCCACCAACUUCACCUCCGACGGUUCGCCCUCCAAGUCCAAUGAGACCAACUCGUCCACCAUGGCCGCCGCAGCAUAGACAUCCUCCUCCAUUAAAGCCACCUUAUGCUUCACCACCACCAGUUCAUAAACCUCCAAUACCUUCUCCUUCUCCACCUACUUAUCAUAGAAGUCCUCCCGCUAGUCCACCUAAACACCGGCCUCCUGUUUUUCCUCCAACAUGUCCACCUACACCAGUACAUCGGUCUCCAUCACCACCUCCACGUCCUCCUCACUAUCCUUCUCCAACUUGCCCACCAACUCAUAGGCCUCCUCAUCCUCCACCACCAGCACCAGUUCAUAGCCCUCCACCUCCAACCUAUUCUCCACCACCAGCGCCAGUUCAAAGCCCUCCACCUCCAACCUAUUCUCCACCACCAGCGCCAGUUCAAAGCCCUCCACCUCCAACCUAUUCUCCACCACCAGCGCCAGUUCAAAGCCCGCCACCUCCAACCUAUUCUCCACCACCAGCGCCAGUUCAAAGCCCGCCACCUCCAACCUAUUCUCCACCACCAGCGCCAGUUCAAAGCCCUCCACCUCCAACCUAUUCUCCACCACCAACACCGACUUAUUCUCCACCCCCACCUGUGUAUCCUCCUUAUUCCCCUCCUCCCUGUCCUACUCCUUGUCCACCAACGCAAAGCCCUCCACAUUCCCCGCCACCAACUCCAGUUCAAAGUCCGCCUCCAACUCCACCAUCACCUUCUGAGCCUACUCCAUGUCCACCAACACCAGUAGUGUAUAUUCCUCCACCAUCUCCCUCAAACUGCCCUCCAAGCAAUGACUAUGGAAAUCCUCCUCCACCAAUUCUAGUGCGCAAACUAAUCAAUUAAUAUAAAGUUUGACAUCAACCCAGCUACUAAGGGGCUCUUCAGCCAUGGUAUCCUCUGCUUUUGUUGAACCAUGUCGUUGUAAUACCUGUUUAAGAAAAUAAGAUAAUAGUCUUUUGAUUA